AUGCGUCCUCCUCCUGGAUUAGAUCAUGCUCCAAAUCAGGUGUGUAAACUUCGUCGAGCUCUCUAUGGAUUGAAACAAGCACCCCGUGCUUGGUUUGAAAAACUCAGUAGUGCAAUUCUUCAAUAUGGCUUUACACAGAGUUACUACGAUUCAUCAAUGUUUACACGAUCAUCAAACAAAGGUAUUGUUAUCCUUUUAUUAUACGUAGAUGAUAUGGUUAGCACUGGAAGUGAUAUUGAACAUAUCAGAGAUCUUAAAAACCAUCUAAGUACAUGUUUCCAAAUGAAGGAUCUUGGUCCACUCAGUUAUUUUCUUGGUAUUGAGGUGAGCAAGUCAGCUGAUGGUUAUUUCGUUUCCCAAGAUAAAUAUGCAUCUGAAAUCAUUGCACGCUCUAGAAUUACAGAUGCUAAAAUUACAGACACUCCACUAGAAGUGAAUGUCAGACAUGGUCCUUCAGAUGGAAAGCUUUUAUCCAAUCCAACAUUAUAUCGACAAUUGGUAGGAAGUCUGAAUUACAUAACCAUUACUCGACCUGAUAUAAGUGAUGCAGUUCAUAUUAUAAGUCAAUUCAUGUCAGCUCCUCGUUCUACUCAUUAUGUUGUUGUUCUUAGAAUACUUUGUUAUCUCAAGGGAACCUUAUAUCAGGGGUUGCAGUUCUCAUCUAAAUCUAAACUUAUUCUUAGAGCAUACUCAGAUUCAGAUUGUGCAUGGGAUGUUACAGAUAGGCGGUCCAUUAGAGGGUACUGCUUGUUCUUGGGAGAUUCUCUUAUAUCUUGGAGAAGUAAGAAGCAGACUGUUGUAUCUCGUUCAAGUGCUGAAGAAGAAUAUCGAGCUCUAGCUCAUACUACUUCUGAGAUCAUAUGGCUUCGUUGGUUACUCAGUGACAUGGGAGUUGUCAUUUCUACGCCUACACCUCUAUUUUGUGACAACAAAGCUGCAAUUCAAAUUACUCAUAAUGACGUUUUUCAUGAAAGAACAAAGCAUAUAGAGAUUGACUGUCAUUUUACAAGACAUCACUUUAAGCGUGGAACAAUUACUCUUCCUAACGUAAGCUCAGAAUUUCAAUUGGCAGAUUUAUUCACCAAGUCACAUCCUUCUCAUUGA